AUGGCUGACGUGGACCUCGAGCAGCGGGAGCCGUUCCCUGUGGAGCAAGAAGAUGCAAAACAGGAACAACAGGAACACCAUCCCGACGGGAGGCGGAAAUUGGGAUGCUUAGAAAAGUUUCAGCAAGGCAUCUCCAGGUGGAUGCUUCCGGAAGAUGUCCGAAGCACUUAUUUGGAGAGGGCCAACUGCUGCCCCCCACCCAUCUUCAUUAUCGUCAUCAGUGUUGUUGAGCUGUCCAUGUUCAUCUACUACGCCGUAUGGAAACCUCAGAAGCAGUGGGUGACUUUGGAGGAAGGCAUCUGGAACAGCCGUCUGACGUACCGGCCCGAGUACAGGCAGCAAGCGUGGCGCUUUCUCUCUUACAUGUUGGUCCACGCCGGUGUGGAGCACAUUCUAGGCAAUCUGUUCAUGCAGCUGCUGCUGGGGAUCCCAUUGGAGUUGGUCCAUAAAGGCUUUGAAGUUGGAGUACUUUACAUGGCCGGGGUUUUGGCAGGUUCGCUGGCCAGCUCCAUAUUUGAUCCCCUCAGUGCCUUGGUGGGGGCUUCCGGAGGGGUCUACGCCCUCAUCGGGGGCUACUUUAUGAACGCCGUGGUGAAUUUCCGAGAGAUGAUCCCUCUACUCGGGGUGUUUCGAAUCCUCGUUAUAGUGAUCAUCGUGGGCGUGGACUUUGGCUUUGCUUUCUACAGAAGAUUUGCCGGCGACGAGAGCGCUAUGAAGGUGUCAUUCGUGGCUCAUUUUGGGGGGAUCGUAGCGGGCAUGACGGUGGGCUACGUGUUCUUUAGCGACUACAACAAGAAGCUUUUGAAGGACCCUCGUUUCUGGAUGUGUAUCGUGGGCUACCUGGUCUUCUUCCUCUUUGCCGUACUCUUCAACAUCUUCAUCUCGCCAGCGUCAUCCUAG